AGCAGCUCCUGCUGCCAGCCAUGGAGCGUAUAUCAACAACACAGGGAAGCAGAGGAAAGGCGCGACGGCAUGGCUCAGCAGGCUGAGGCAGCAUCAAUGCUGCUAUAUGCAGAACUACUCCCGAACAUCAGACAGAUCUCGGUUGGCUGCCUGCUGCCUAGUCCCAGUUUGCCGCAGACCCAGAUCGCGGUCUCGCCGGAUGGCACAAAGCUCACAGUCCAGCACGAUGGGGGAACCACUUCUCUCCAGCUACCCGGGCGUGCUCAGCCAGGCCUGAAGCCGCCUGUUCGCGAAGGUCAAACGUGCAUUACCUUCAGGCUACCGGUGCCUGCGCUGGACGGAACCACUGGCGGCUUCGUCCGUCCAACCUCGGAAUCACAAGCUGUGCCAUGGUCAGCCACGGAGAUUGCCCCGCGCUCUGCCGUGGCCUGCAGGAAGUGCGAGAGUGUGCUCGUGCAGGAGGGCACUCUCUCGACCUGGAAGGAUCUCCCCAGUGAGAACUGGGCAGAGAUGAUGGAGUUCUGGCACUGCCACAAGCCGCACGACCACAAAAAGGAUGGCGAGGAUCAUGGCCACGACCACCUGGCUUCCACACGAGGAUACGGCGCGUCAGCAAGGAUAGCGGCCCAGCCCGGACUCGGGUUCGUCGAUUUGACUUCUCUCCUGAUCGCGACGACUGACGUGCUCCCCAACACUUUGGUUGAGCCGCUCGGGGAGACUGAGCCAGAUGAGCAGGAGCUCGAGUCGGAGAAUACUCCGGUCUCAAAUACCCAGACUCUGGCUACCUGCCGCUUAUGCCAGUCGCGACUCGGCGUCAUCACCCGCGAGACAAACUCAGUCUCAUUUUUUAAGUGGCAGGUGAUAAUAACCACCGCCGCCGCCGCCCACAGCGCGAGGUUAGACAAAGCCAAAGUGCCAACACUAUCACACUGUGUCAGCGCGAUGCUCCUCGCAACACUUGGCCGCACAGGCUGCUCAAAGUCUAUCCUAAUGCCUAUCAAGACCUCUCCCUCUACCACAACUAGCCACAAGCUUUUGCACGUCUGGCUCUUCAACGGCAACAUCAAGUUCUCUUCCUCCGUUGCUGGCGAAACUGGCAGCGUCAGUGGUGGGCCUCAAGCAGCAGUAAAGGUUCUGUUCAAACUCGUCAGUGAAGCGGAGGCUGAUAAGCUACUGCAUGCAUUGACGUCGGAUACGCAGGACAUCAGUCUGCCUGCAGACGCCAUUGAGACCACGAGCGAGCUUUUGCAGGAGAGCAAUGGGUACUUGCCUCCCAGCGAGAGAACAUUCAAGGAGUGGUCUGUAGGGCUUGUUUCACGAUGGGAAGAGUAGUUUGUGUAAAAUGUCAAGGCAUAUGAGAG